AUCAGUUUCCCCUUUUGCUUUUGAAUCGAUCCUCCGCCUCCUCUAGCCUCGCCACAAUGUCGUCGUCCAGGCCGUCGCCGACCGAGAACUGGGAGCGGCUCGUGCGUGUGGUUCUCAAGUCGUCCAGGCCGCCGUCGCCGACCGAGAACUGGGAGCGGCUCGUGCGUGCGGCUCUCAAGCGUGACCGCACCGAGCUUGACACCAAGGUGCCGUACUCCGAUCGGAGGGCCACCACAUGCAAGCAGAUCAUGGAGGCGGUGCAUGACAUCGAUGGCGGCGACACCAAUAUCGCCCGGAUCCUUUGUGAGCAAGCAUACUCUAUCGCUGCAAAUCUGGAUCCGAGCAGUAGUGAUGGGCUAGGUCCUUUAAUGUUCAACACAGCGCUGUCGUCCGUGAUAAGGCAAAAACAUGCACAGAAGGACGGGGGGAAAAUAGACCGACAAAAUGACACCAAGAUUUUGUGGAACUUCUACCUGGAAUAUAUGAGUAUGCUCCGGGCUGAUGGCAUGCACGUAGAGCCGUGGAAACUAUGGGAAUCUGGAACUUUUGGUACAGAGUAUGUGUUCCCUAUGUUCUCUUACGUACAUUGAGUGGUCUUCUUUCUCACUGACAUUGAUGGAUACCAUGUUCUGUACAUAGUCCUUUUUUUUCU